UGAUAUCUCUAAAAUUUAGGGUGGCUGCAAGAAUUUCUCGAUGUUUGAUAAACAAAGUGCAAUAAAUGGUUUCCUUUAACAUGUCUACAAUGAUGUAUGCAAUGCUACAAGCCUACAAGGAACUGCUGGACCUUAUCUGCUAUCACUCCCAAGUGAGCUGCACAUGGAUAAAAGAUCAGAUCACGGCACAGCGAUCAUUGCAAGCUUUAAGCUUUGGUGGAAGAACAUGCGUGCUGGGAGGUGGGGAGAAAAGAUUGGGUCGUGAAUGUAAGUGAAGCUGACUGUACUCCUCGAGCUAGCAAGGCAACUCCAUGCUAGCAUGUUAGGAACAGCAAAGCCAAGUAAGUCCAUGAUGAGCCUGAACUCCGAACAAGGGCUUAACUGCCAAGCCAUAUCACUCUCAUCACAAUCAAGUCUUCAACCCUUCAGCCCAUGCCACCUCCAGUGCAUCUCCACACUCAGAGGCCACUCAUCCUACGUCUCUGGCCUCGCCGUUGACGGCAACUCGCUCUACGUCGCCUCGUCGGACGGACACAUCAGGCUGUGGCCACUGGACAUGGGCACGCCGGCCAUGCAGGAGGAGGAGCAGUGCGGCUCUGAUGUUGCGAUCACCGACAGCCCCAUAAAGUGCCUCAUGGCCACCAGCGAUGGUCUUGUCAGCUCCCAUCAGGACGGCAAGAUCAGGGUGUGGCAGGCCGGCCGGCGGAACGGCGAGAGCAGCCACCUUGCCUUGCACAGCGUGCUGCCGACCACCGCGGACUGCCUGCGGACGUUCCUGUUCCCCAAGAACUACGUCGACGUCCGGCGGCACAGGAGCCGAACCUGGGUGCACCACGUGGACGCGGUCACCGCGCUCGCGAUGUCCCCGGAUGGCGCGCACAUGUACUCCGUGUCCUGGGACCGGAGCCUCAAGGUGUGGCGCCUGCCCAGUCUCCGCUGCGUGGAGUCCAUCGCUCCGGCCCAUGGCGAUGCCAUCAACGCCGUCGUCGUGUCGUCCGACGGCUGCGUCUUCACCGGGUCGGCGGACAGGACGGUCAAGACGUGGAGGCGCCACCCGGGGCAGAAAAACCUCACGCUGGUUGCCACCAUGGAGCGGCACAGGUCGGCGGUGAAUGCGCUGGCGGUAGGCGUCGACGGGCUGGUGCUAUACUCCGGCUCGUGCGACCGGUCUGUCGUCGUGUGGGAGGGCGCCGCGGCGGGUGGCAUGGAGGUGAAGUGCACACUCGGUGGACAUACUGAGGCAGUGCUGUGCCUGGUGGCCGCCGGGGACGUGGUGUGCAGUGGGUCAGCGGACAGGACGGCGAGGGUGUGGCGGCGUGGAGAGGAGGGCGCGUACUCCUGCUUGGCCGUCCUGGACGGCCAUGGCGCGGCCGUCAAAAGCCUGGCAUUGGUGUUGGUUGGAGGCGAUCAGGGCUGCUCUUGCAACGAGGAGAAGUCUCGUUGUACUGGCUGCUGUGCUCUGGUUUGCAGCGGCUCGUUGGACUGUGAUGUGAAGAUUUGGAGGGUGACAUGACUAGCUUAUGAGUGCAACCGUGGUGCUUAAUUAGAGGCGCGCGGGUUUAAGCCGGCUUUUCAAAGGAGUUAUGAGCAGUGAGAGCUUAAAGCUGCACCAUCCUGAA